AGGUCGGCCUGGAGGCACCUUGGGAUGUUCAAAUCAGUGGAAUUAAUUUAAACCUUACUGCAACAUGGUCCUGGAAUAAUGUGAAUAGUGAACAUGACUUCAAAGUAACAUUUUCUGCAUUUUACAUGGAGUCAACACAAACAAAGAAAGUAUUAAAAAGUCUGACUGGAUGCCUUAACGUUCCUUACUUUACUUGUAACUUCACUGUAAAUCAUAAGAUGUUCAAUAGGACAGUAAGCAUCUAUGUCAGAGCGGAAAGAUUACAGGAGUACUCGCCAUGGUCAAAUCCUGUCGUAUUCUCUCCAUUUAAACUAGUGGAAAUCGGUCCCCCUGCAGCCGUGAAUGUGAAAUCCCGAGAUGGAAGAGUAAAAAUUAAAAUUUCUUCUCCAGAUGCCAAAUUGGAAAAACAACUGUGGAGAAAUGAUUUAAAUUAUUCAAUUGUUGUCUGGGAAAAGAAAUCCAAUAAGGAGAGAACAUAUUUUACUAGCCAGUCCUCAUAUGAACUUUAUGAUCUUCCCCUUGGUGAAAUGUACUGCUUAAAAGUGCAAGCAUUGAACGAUGUAUCAUCAAAACGUGGCCUGUUUAGUCCUGUGGAAUGUUUUAAAGUGAAAGGAAUGGAUGCCCAGCAAAUCCCUCAAAAUGUUAGAGUUAAAGCUCUUAAUAUAAACUAUGUGUUAAAAUGGGAAUGGGAUUAUGAACAGGAUCCAGAGGUUACCUUCUCUGUAGAGAAAGCGUGGAGUUCUCAGAGUGACACGUGGUAUCCAGUAAGCCAGUGUGCAAAUAUUACAGCUUCUGAGUGUAACAUAUCAGAUACAUACUUUUAUGGGACCUUUUAUUUUAGAGUGUCUGCAUUUAGUGGAAGAAAUAAAACACUCUCCAGAAAAGUGACGUUUUCUCCGUUUAAUGAUAAUGUAAUAGGACCACCAAGGUUUGAAAUAAAGAAUAUAGAGAGCACGCUCUAUGUUGCUGUGACUCCCCCUAUACUAGGACAUUUAAGUGAUAUGUACACAUUUUCAUAUCAUUUAGUAAAAUGGCGGAAUUCAUCAGAAGAAAAGGUGGAUCAUUACUAUGAACACAGCCCAUACUUUGCAGUAGAUAAUUUGGAAGCACCUGCAAUAUAUUGCAUAAAAGUGCAAGUCGUAUAUCAACGGAACAAAAGUGGCCUUUUUAGUGACAUUGACUGUGUUACAAUUCACCCAGCCGCACAUUCCCUUCUGAAGUAUAUCAUUGUACCUGUUUUGGUGGUAUUGAUAGCUUUUCUCUCCGGUAUUGUGUAUGUCUGUGCUUGUCCUUUACAAAGAUUUGUAAAACACAUCUUCUUCCCAUCUGGCAAACUUCCAUCAAGCAUUGAAAAGGGCGUACUUGAUUCUCCCAAAUCCUGCAAUUUAUUAUUACAUGAAGAGGAGAAAACAGAUCUAUGCUGUAUACUGAACAGCCCUGGAGAAGAUCACGUACAGCUCUACAAAUCUGAUGAGUCUUUUAAAGCAAGUUCCGUGGAUUCAGGCAACUAUUCCAAUGAAGAAGAAACCACAUGAGGGAGCCUUUAUUCAGCAACACCUGCGUUGUUUUAUACCAAAUAACCUGUCCAUUGAGUAAUGGGUUUUAAGCAGUAGCUGGCAUUCCUUCAAAAUAACAUGCAG